AUGGUACACUCACUGCGUUCCCUCCCCCUGCACUGCACCUACGUCCUGCUGAAUCCCCCGCCGCCAUACCUGGGCUACCUCUUGGCCACGCAGCUUCAUCCAGCUGUCUCUGUCUCUGAGGACCGGGGGCUGCACCAACUAGCGCGCAGACGCACGUUCUCUCCCCCUCCGCCAUGGGGACAAACCAGCCCAAGCGAAACCCCCUACAGCUGGGUUCUAGGAAAGGGGCGGGGCUGCUUCCGAGCGGAUGACGUCACCCAGCCGGGAUCCCUCUCUUCCCGGGUGCACGAGCACGCCACCCACCCUCCCCUUCCUCGUCUCCAGGUGGCUCUGCGCAUGUCCUUGUGGAGAGAGCCAGUAACCUGCCUGCAAGGGGAAAAGAAAGAUCCUUUCCUCCUCUCAAAACCUCCUACUUUCUCAGCUCAGCCUGUAAGGGGUCCAAGCCUGACCCAAGACAGAAACCUGGAGCCAGAGGGAAUGGCCCCUGGGACCCAGAGGACUUCAUCCCUGAAAUGCGUGACAUUCAAGGAUGUUGCUGUGUUCUUCAGCCGGGAGGAGUGGCACUCCCUGGACCUUUCACAGCAGAAGCUGUACAAGGAUGUCAUGCUGGAGAUCUCUCAAAACCUGCUCUCCCUGGGUGGAAGGAAUAGACCUAAAACCCAGAAGUCUCCUCCAAAGCUGAGUAGUUCCUGUGACUUCAAUUUGAGAAAAAUCAAGGAAUGCGAAAUUAAUUUAGAGAAGCAGCAAGGCAACUUGAAGAGUCAUUUCAGAAAAUUAAAUAUUAUCCGCAGGAAAAUUCUGAGGGAAAAGGAAGAUGACGAAUGUAAUACAUCCAAGAGUAGUUUGACUCCACAGUCAACCAGUAAAUGUAAUCGAUUUGAGGGGAACCCAGAUCUUACUAAAGGUCAGAAAAUUCCGGAUGCCAAAAAACCUUACAAAUGUAAUGAAUGUGGGAAGACCUUCAGUCGAAUUUCCUACUUUAAUGGACACAAGAAGAUCCAUAGUCCAGAGAGAUGUUUCAUUUGUAAUCAUUGUGGGAAGGAUUUCCCAAGGCCUUACAAACUUGCUGUACAUCAAAGGGUACAUACUGGAGAGAAGCCUUAUACAUGUAAUGAAUGUGGGAAAUCCUUUUCCCAGAGUUCAUCCCUUACUCUACAUCAAAAGAUUCACAGUGGAGAAAAGCCUCAUAAAUGUAAUGAGUGUGGGAAUGCCUUCAGCCAGCGCUCAACACUUAUGACACAUCAGAAGAGACAUAGUGGAGAGAAGCCCUAUCAAUGUAAUCAAUGUGGGAAGGCCUUCAGCCGGAGCUCUAGUCUUAGUGUGCACAAGAGGAGUCACACAGGUGAGAAGCCUUAUCCGUGUAAUGAAUGUGGGAAGGCCUUCAGCCAAACCUCAUCCCUUAUUGUGCACAAGAAGAUUCAUACUGGAGAGAAGCCGUAUAAAUGCAACCAAUGCCAGAUGGCCUUCAGGGAAAGCUCAGCCCUUAAUGUACACAAGAGGUUACAUACUGGGGAGAAACCUUACCAAUGUAAUCAUUGUGGAAGGGCCUUCAGUCAGUCCUGCAGUCUUGCUGUCCAUAAGAGAAUACACACUGGAGAAAAGCCUUACAAAUGUAAUAAGUGUGGCAAGGCCUUCUGUGAGAGCUCAUCUCUUAGUACACAUCAGAAGGUUCACACUGGAGAAAAGCCUUACAAAUGUGAUGAAUGUGGCAAGGCUUUUGUCCGCAGUAAAACCCUUCACACACAUCAGAAGAGUCACACUGGAGGAAAAACCUUAUAA